AUGUCCCUAUGGAUGAUCCUUCCGGUCAGCCUGCCCGUCUUCACAAUCACAGGAAUAUGGGUAGUAUAUGCAUUGGCCCUCUACAACCAGCACGUCUGCCCUGUGCACAACUGGCUGUACAACGAGUCCUGCGAGGAGCCGCUCCCGCUGCAGAGAGGGCCGCUGCUGUGCUGCACGCUGGACAACAUACCGCUCAUCAGUAAAUGUGGGACUCUGCCACCUGAAAGCUGCUUUUUCAGCCUCAUAUGCAGCAUCGGCUCAUUCAUGGUGAUGCUUAUCGGCCUGCUGCGCUACGCUCACGUGAUCGAGAAGCACCAGAACUGUGUCCUCAACACGGCCGGCCUCUCCGCCGGCUGGAUCUGUGCUGCGGGGCUCAUCAUGGUGGGGAACUUCCAGGUUGACUUUGCCAAAGUCCUUCACUACAUUGGGGCUGGAGUGGCCUUCCCGUCCAGCAUGCUGUUUGCGUGCCUUCAGUCGGCUCUGACCCACAGACUGGCCAAAACCCAGGGGGAGUACCGGAUUGGCCACUUACGAGUUGGGAUGACGCUUCUGGCCCUGAUCACCCUGGUGCUCAGCGGUGUUUUCUUUUGCCAGGAGAGCUUUGCCCUGCAGCACGCCUCUGCCAUCUUUGAGUGGAUCUACUGCAUGCUCAUCAUGCUCUUCUACGGGACAUUUGCUUUCGAGUUUGGGGGCAUGUCAGGGGAUACCCUGAUGGUGCUCUCCAGAGGAGAGGGAGUGCACAGCUUCUCCAACUCUGAACAGAAGACGGAGGUCAGCGGAGGGACCAGCCACCACCAGCCCGACAGUUUGUCGAUCCUGUAGCUGAACCAGGGCGUCACUCAGACAUGGACCCACAUGGAAGAAGCCCAGUCAGGGCAGUAGCCAUAGCAACAAAGCUGUUCGCCUCAGCAGGGACAAAAAACUUCAAGACAUAUCUUGGCUGUAGCUCUGCAGACUCAACUGUAAAAACAUUGCAUAAUAUCACAAGUGCCUUUCUGAACACAGAGGCCAGCGAUGAGCUAAACUUGCACACACACCCACACCCGCAGUCCUCUUUGUUUGUUUUAAUUAUGUAACAGCUGAAUCCCUUGGUGGAAAUGCCUUUCAUUAGACCAAGCAUCAUGAAAGUGCCUGAGAAAUGUCGCUCCUUGCUGGGGCGGGUUUGGGCGUCAGUCCGAAAAGGCUCCCACCGAAACGUGUAUUGUUUUUACUCAGGAAGUUUUGUUACAUCACCAGCUUUCACAUCUUCCUUCAAGACAAAUCAAAAGAAAAAAAAACUACUAAACUCACACAAACAAUAAGAGGAUGUUCUGAUAUGUCAACAAAUGUGUUUUAACCGAAGUGGCUUAUUUCACUGACACAUUUUGGCGUGAGUAUUUCUCCUUAUUAUAAACAGCUUAUUUUCCAUUUUAACCUAUAAAAUCCACAGCAAAAAAGCCAAAGUAGGCAUGUCACAUUUCUCCUAUAAGCUCAUCUCUGACUUAUAUUCUGUUAUGCCAACAAAGCUGGAUAAUUUUUCUCAGAGAGAAUGACUUUCACAUCAGCCUUUACAAGAAGGAAUAAUCAUGCUGUAUUCAAUAACACACAAUAAAGAUCUAU